GCUCUCUUCUCUCUUGCACUGCGGCACACGGCCGAGGACAUACGACAACCAUUUGACUUUGUGCAAGCAUCUAGAGCCUAUCAUCCCGUUUCUUUAUCUUUAGGCCCUAAUAUAGUGCAUUAUCAGGAGCUUGGUUCUCAGGUGGGGCUCUGCUCCGAAGAGUUAGCGCCCUCGGUCGCGUCCGCUCUCUUGAUGGAUCACUACAUAGAUGGAAUGCUCGUAUUAGAUGCCCGCCUCGUCUUCCGAACUCUUUAUCGUCCCGCUUUGGUGCAUUCGAUCCGAUCUGCUCAGCGGUCCAAUCGGAUGACUGUGAUGGACGAUCUAGUAAAUCUAGUUGAGUGCCAAAUGGUGGGAAUGCUCGACCAUCUUGACAGAACCGGACAGCCAUCUUGGCACCUUCGUCGCGACUUGCUAAAAGAUAGGAGUGGCCAACUAUGCUCGAUCCGAUCUAACAAAAUCUGUCUUGUGUGUUUAUUACGGGCAGCGCAGCAUCGAUUCGAGUGUGGACAUACUCUCUGUGAUCACUGUGCCCAAGUCUUCGGUUCGCCUGCUGCCGCGAGGGAGUACCAAUUCAGAUUCACAGCUUGUCCCUGUUGUCUGUAUCAAAGACCCUUUGUGAUCGAGAUCUUAGCCCCAACCAUGAACCCCACCAUUCUCGCUAUUGACGGCGGGGGUGUUCGAGGCGUGAUACCAUUAGAAUUUUUGACUCUAAUACAGGAAAGUCUUGGUUCCUGUUUGGUACAGGACUUGGUCGACAUCAGCAUUGGGACAAGCUCGGGUAGGCUAUAUUUGAGUUCUGCAUUUCUACCAAUUCAUCAGUCUUCUAUAACAGGAUACUGA